GCGAUAGUUCCUUCGGCACAGCACUUCCAUCAUGGCAGGCAGUAAGUUGGUGCUAGAAGGAAGAGUAAGUAUAAAAGCGUUUAUUUUAGGACUCAGCGUGGUUGUAAUCCCAUUGAUCAGGACGUGGUUCGGACAUCAUGACUGGGUCUUUGAUUAUCUGACGGAAACUUCUGGGAAGAUCGUGAUUUGUGUCCACAUUGCAGUGAGCAACGGCCUCUUGCUACUCAUCUACAGAGGACCGCUGUAUAAGGUUGCUGUGAGAGCCUGCUUUCUGGGAGUCACUUUUGGCUGUGGCUUAAUUAUAAGCUGCUCUGAAACCACUUGGACACAUUUUGGCUGGUACAUGUGCUCGCUGUCCUUCUUCCAUUACUCUGAGUACCUGGUGACGGCCUUCAUCAACCCUCGCAGCCUGUCGCUGGACUCAUUCCUGCUCAACCACAGUGUGGAGUAUACCCUGGCUGCUGUCUCAUCAUGGGUGGAGUUCACUGUGGAGAAGCUGACCGUUCCAGAGCUGAAGCAGCUGAACUGGUUGAGCGUCGUGGGUCUGCUCCUGGUGCUGUGUGGUGAGGGGCUGCGUAAGGCGGCCAUGUUGACGGCCGGAUCCAACUUCAACCACAUUGUCCAGAAUGAGAAGGCCCAGAGCCACGUGCUGGUCACCACCGGGGUCUACUCCUACUUCAGACACCCCUCCUACGUGGGCUGGUUCUACUGGAGCGCAGGAACACAGAUCAUGUUGUGUAACCCGGUGUGUAUACUGGGCUACACGAUAGCCAGCUGGCGGUUCUUCCGGGAGCGGAUCGAGGAGGAGGAGCUCUCCCUCAUCCAUUUCUUUGCCGAUGACUAUGUGGAGUACAAGAAGAAGGUCCCCACCGGGCUGCCCUUCAUCUCGGGCAUUCGUGUCAACUAGUCCCGGGAGCUGGAUGCUGGACUUAACAGACUCAAAGCACUAAGGCACGUCAGACCUGGUGGGUGUGUGGGCGUCUGCCAUGGCGGCUGCCCUCCAGAUGGAAACCCUGCAGCUGGCUGAGAGCCUGUAGCUCACAGACAGAGAUCGAGACAGCUGGGAUGGCGGGCAUGCAGCUGGGCUGCUGUUUUUCUACCAACUUCCAAAAUCCAGUCAAAGACCAGACAACCUCCGCUGUACUACAUGUAUUCCAAUAACAGCCACUCCAUCUGUUUCAGUUGUGUUUCUGUUUGCAUGCUCUGACCAUGCUUAGUGUUUUCACUGACGACCCGUUGUGUUACUGCACUGGGCCCUUUAGUAUCGUAUAGCAGCAGAGAGUGAAAUCACCGUUCUCUGAAGUUUUAAUGGCAAAUGUUUGGAGAUGUUUGAGUUUCACAGGAAAUCCUCCAGGUUCAAUAGGUUGGUGUGAUUAUCAAUAUUUUCAAGAAGUCGCCACCACUGUAUGGCCCUAGUUCAGGCAAUAUUUCACUGUCCCUAAAUAUUUCCAUUUUUAAACCUAAGAAACGCUGAAGGAAUUUAGAUAUCAUAACAGUACCUCUCUGUGUCUAGUUUCCAGUACCCAUCCCUGGACAUGAGGCUGGGUCAAAAUGAUAUUCAGUCUUAUGUUGUGUUGCUGCAGGUCUUGGAUCUGUGUGUAUCAUCAUUAUGAGGCUGAUGGGAGUGUGUGAAAUGAGCAGGAUGUGUUUGUGUCCUCGCCGGGGCCAUUUCGGAUCUCUCUUGUCGUUUUGUUUUUUGUAAUGAACUUAAGCACGCCAGGUUUCAAGUAUGUUCUCCACAGGUCUGUUUCUAAUUAGAGUGCAGACCUCUCCCCCUCUAGUCUUGAAAAGGUGUCUCUGAAAGGUUUGUAUCAUUUACAGAGGGGUGGCAGCUGUAGUCAUCUUGGAUUCAUAACAAUUACAAAAAAAAAUUAGCCAAAUUUCCGUAGAAACUUCUCGGACCACCCCUGCAUCAUAAUAAUCCACUGCUCCUUGUUUCUCCACUCCAGCGCUAAAUGCACCACUUCAUGUCGUCGCAUCCUCUGCCACAAGCUGUGUGUUUAGGGUUAAGGGUUGAUUUAAGUAACAGUUGGAACAUAUGAAUCCAAAUAUUUCCAGUAUAGUGUACCUAAUAAUAUGUACUUUUUUUAAAGGUGGAAAGGCGUCUCCAAUAGAAUAGACAAUGGACCGCUAAAGCUGUCCACUAAAAACACGAAAAUUUAAAUUCUGCUACAGUCUGUUGCUCUUCAAUGCCGCCUGGGUGAACCAGUGUAUCCAAACCUAUAAAGGGAAGAAGAGGUGACAUCACAGCUUUUUUUUAUGUAAGAAUUUAUCCCCAGAAGCAUUAUUUAACAAUAACAGAAUGAAUAAAAUGUGUAAAAAGUAUACGUUUCUAUCAGGUUUUAGGGACUGUUUAAAUGUAGAUCGCGAGGAAGCUCCAUCAUUUACAGAUGACUUCAUAUCAGGCCAGUAGUGGCCUGAUUUAACCCUGAUAUCCAUUUCCUCAACGCGCACUCAGGCUAAAACACCGAAAUUACAGCAUCGGUUUGAAUGAAACUUUGUCAGGUGGUUUUUGAAAGAGUUAUUUAUGAAGCUGAUGGUAUAUUUAAUUGAGACAUGUUCCCUACACAGGGGCGUGAGAGAUUGUAAUUAAACAAGUUGUUUCAUCUGAGAAAAAUCAGAGUUGGGUUCACCUCCUGAUCUGUAUAGGGAAGGAAGUUUUGACAUCAUUUCAUGUGUUGUAGCCUCUAUUGCUUUUCUUUUUUGUUGUUUAUUAUAUCCUUUUUUUGUUAUAAGUCACCAUCCUGAACAGUGUUCUUUACUGACAUUUCCAUCAGCAUCAGUUCAUCAUUGUGCUUCUCCUGUUGACCUGUUAUGCCCACUGUGUGUUAGAAACCAACCAAUUGACUGAGUUGUAUAUUGGGGUUGAGAGAGUCUGACUCUGCAGCUCUCUUUCUCUCUCUCUCUCAUAUAUUGAUCUGUCUGAAUGUCUUCACAGUGCUGCUAUCCACUCUCCAAACCCUGAUCUCAUUGUGUGUUUGAGAGAUACCAGUGAAGUGAAGAUUUUCAGAAGCAAAGAUGCUCUGUAGGUCAAAAAAAAAUUAAAAUUAAAGGUACCCUCUGGCAUUUUUGACCGCUAGUGGCGCAGUAGUGUUAUGCUUGAAUGAGUAUGUUGGUGUGUGUGAACCAUGAAAACUUCACUUAGCAAUGUUCAAGAAAAUAAAUCAUCUUAUUCAGAAUGUUUAGGAAUACACCAUGUUUUUGGAAGAUUGUCCCGUUGCUUAACACCAACAUCACAAUUAUUCUUAUCCAGGGAAGAGUAGAAUUGUAUAAUCAGAGGUAUAUGAUAAAACAUGGGGACAAACAAGGACUCUAUGGGCCCAAUGACUGUGGAAGUCGAGAUUUUUUUUUGCUUCAUGCGCCACUGAGCAACUCUUAUAGGAAUGAACGGGGCCAUGCCUCUGACGCUGUAUCCAGUUCUCUUCUCUUAUAUAUCCACGUUCACGCAGCAACAAGUGUCGAGCGUCAGUUUGUCACUUCAUGUCACCGGCUUCCAUCGAAGAUUUCUCACACCUUGUCCCAACCAAUCAAUUUGUAUUUGUAGCUAUGGGUUUUGAGACCUCCCGUAAUCCUUAUCCCGAAGGUUACGAAUAUGAUUUUCUGACAUUACAGCUCCCCAAAAGUGAAGCCAUAACAUCUUGAUGGCCCCCUGGUGGCUGGCUGCAGUAUAUGUCAUAAGUCCCGCCUCCUCCAUGUUAGCGGAAGGGACAUGGGCCAAAUUAAAAAAAUCAAAGUAAACGUCAAAUAUUUUUUUCCCAAAGAUGGUUUCUGUCAUUUUAGGCAGUUCUUAUCACGUUAAUUUAUGUUGAAGUGUUAAUUUUUCUGAUAAGUUUGGUUUUAAUUCAUUAUUUGAUGAAAAAAGGCGGGUGAGACUUCAUGAUUGACAGCUGUGAUUUUCUCUCGCUAACGUGCUGCGGUCGUGCUCGGCUCGCGAUUGGUUUAAACGGGUGUGUGGGCGGGUCCUCGAUACCGCGGCUCCACCGCCUGAUCACUACUGAGCAGACUCUGGCUCCAAAUGACGUCAAAAUCUCAAGAUUGCAGCUCCCGUAUCCAUGAUCCGGGAUAUUUGGCUUCACUUCUGUACAGUGCGAGGAAGUGGAGACACGUCAUCCAUAUUUAUAUACAGUCCACAGUAAUGCAUGUCAUCCUUUGAAGUAGUUUCUAUCCACACUUGGAUUUAAUGCUUUUUGUUGUGACAGAGAUCUGUGGAAGUAUCUCUGACAUCCCUCAAACAUGUUAACAUGUCGACAAUAUGGUUUUAUGCUUUGUUCUGUUGAUUCAUGCAUACUAAUUAUUAAUCCAACAAAUUAUCAAUUUAUGCAGGAUUUGUUGAUUAAACUAAAGCAUUAAGCAGGACGGUGUAUUUGAGGUUUAGUCCAAAAUAAACUACAGUGUGUGUGUGUGUUCAUGUAGUGAAGGAACAUCACCCAGUGUAACAGUGUGGCUCACUGAUGUGUUUUUACUGGCACAGAGGAAGGCUCUGAUACGCAUACAAUACUUGUUAGUAGAUACAUUCAUUGUGUGGUUUGGCUCUGCACAUUAGAUCUAUUGGAAAUUAAUUUGAAUAUCAACAGAUUUAAUCUCUUAAAGACAGGUCAGAGUGUCUGUAAGAGCACAUUAACAUAAUCUAGGCCUACUACUGUAUGCUAAAGUUUUAGCUUGUUUCCUUCAAUCAACAUUGAUAAUGUUAGCUUUGUACUUAAUAACUAACCACUUGCAAUUUUGUAUGCUCCAGUUUUAGCAUGAUAACUACUAUCACUACGGCCUAUACUUAAAUACAGUACAGACCCUGCUAAUCUCUACUAAUCCCACUCUGGAUUAUCUUGGAACACAAAACAUAUUCAUCCAAUUCAUUGAUUUAGUUGACCAAUGGCACAAUCUACUAAACACUGGACUUCUGUAAUUCAAUUAAGGAAUGCAUGUGUGUGAUGCGUGUGUUUUGGGGGUGAAGAGUGUUUGCAGUCUGAGUUUCAAGUGACACACUUGUAGCAUACCUGUGAAGUGUUCUGUAAUAGGGUUACAUGAUGCAACGGCUGUAUUCAAGGUGUUACAAUAAUGAGUUGACUGUUGCAGCAUGGCAACAUCUGAGUUGAGUUUUGGAUAUGUUGCACUUUUACUGUAUAGGUAACCAUUUAUCAUAGGCCUUUAUUAAACGGUUUAUAACUCUGA